GGACUUGGUUGGAACUAUAAUAGUGGAGUAGUCACUGUGAGCACUGACUGAGCAGUAAUGUUUCGUGGCAAGAGAGAGAGGGAUGUGGAGAAAAAGGAGAAAUCCUCAAGUAGCAGAAAAAGAACUCGUUUUGUUACUCCAAUAAACCCAUCACAGUCUGAAGGUCUGUCUCAAGAGAAAGAGCUCACAUCUGCCACUCUUGAGCAUUCUGCUCCCUCUCACACUCCAACCCAUGAACCUUUAUUAUUAAAUGAUUCUUUGGAUGUUUUAGUUUCACCUCACAACUCAUCAAUCGAUGAUAGCAUAAAUGAAGGGCAAGAUUCAAUUGAUUCUUCUACUGUCGCUGACACUGGCCGAUCUUAUACUCCACUAAAGCAAAACAAAAAGUAUGACUUGCAUGGAUUUAGAAACAUUCAAGGGAAGAGAGGUCACAGAAAAGAAUCACAUAAAAUGAACCAAUCUAGAUCAAUGAAUCAGUCUAAAUCAAUGGAGAUUAGUUUGAGUCGUCAGCUAUCUUCUCCUCGUGGUGAUACUACUGAUGUGUUUGAUUUUCCUGUUAGUCAGGAAGGUCAUCAUGGAGGCUCCAUUUAUAGAGACAGUGAAGGUGAUCACAAUGGAAGCUCCUCUCUUAAUGAAGAAGAUCAAUACAUGAAUGAGUCAGCUGAGCUUUUUACUAAAUCAAAAAUCAAUGAUGAAAAAAGAGCCAUCAAUGCUCAAGUACUGAAAACCAUAUUGAAAACUAAAAAAGACCUUCAAAAUAUGAGAGAGAGAUAUGCAAUUUUGUUUGCCUCUGAGGUCACUUCUAAGAAUCAAAAAGAUUUGUCAAUUUUUCUGACUGGAUCAGAAGAAUAAAAUAACAAAAUGAAAAUUAUGGAUCGUUAUUAACUUAUAACACUUAUAACACAACUGUAAUCAAAUUUAUAUAUAAAAUAAUCAUCAUUCAUUAUACAUGUUUAUUUAUUGUACUGUUAUUGGUUGUCUGAGUUGUAUCAUUUUAUCGCAUUGAUGAUCUACAGAGAA